GGCCACGCCAAGGUGAUCAACAAGUGUCCCUACGACGUCUUCCUCUGGUCCGUCGCCUGGAACACGGACGGCCCCUUCAAGAUUGGGUGCGGUGAGGAGUACUGCGAGGAGUUCAGCAAGGGUGGCGGCGUCGCCCUGGAGAUUGUCAAGGAGGAGGCAGACUACUACGAAGACUGUGACAAGCUCGUCUUCUACUACAAGCUGGACGACUACGGGAACGUCUUCUAUGAUCUCUACGACAAGUAUGGACAUCCGUUCGCGGGUCACAAGCUCGUCCUCAAGAGCGAGGAUGCUCAAUGCCCCAAGGAGAUU